GAAAAAUCGGGGGAAAUCCCAUGGAAUUUCCAUACUGCAUAAUGUAUAGGUGCGUAAUCAGAGAUGAUUUUAAACUGAUUUGAGCUGUGAUAUUUUGAAAGAGUAUUAUCUGAAAAGAAAAGGAGCAGGUAAAUCAACAAAGUUUGAUAACGAUGAACGGCAAAGAGAUUAUAGUAGGAAAACGGAAGUUAAGAUUCAGCCCAGAGCAUGACCAGCCACCAAAUAAGAAGCAUGACAGUCCUCGGAGUUUCAGCGGUGACGAGGCGUAUAAUUCCUCCCCGUUCCACUGCAGAGGGGACGAAACUGAGGGAUCUUUGUGUGAGGAUAUGCUUGACAUUAAUGAGGAAGAGCCACAGGAAGAUCCACAGGAAGAGCCACAGGAAAUAUGUACAGAGUCUUUGCAAGACCUUUACAAGUAUCUUGUCGCUGCGAUGGAGCCUUUAGGGGUGAUAGAUCAUCUACACCAUUCUGAAUUGUUCAGCGACAACUUUUUAGAAGAGUGUAAAGAGACCCCAAACAGAAAACGACGCAACGACUUGUUGAUAAAAGAGAUUUAUAAAAUUGCAAUCAAUAAAGAUAGUGAUGUUCUUCAACAGUUUGCUUCGGCACUAAAUAAAACGGACCAAUCGUUCAUUGUAAAUCACUUGAAGCAACCGUCAGGUGUUCCAGGAAAAGUUAAAUACAGGCGAUCUUCUUUGAUGGGGUUUAUCAGUCACAUGAAGGACCGUCUUGUUGAAAACAUUGAACCAAAAGAUUUCAUAGAUGAUCUACUUGCCAGUAGGACUAUCUCCUUUAAUGACCACGAAGACAUCAUACGACUCGAUCUUAGAAGACAGAGAGUUGCCGUCAUCAUGGAAAAAGUAGAACAGAGAAACAGCAAUUCUUUGGAAAUAAUCAAAGCAAUAAUCAAUGCCUAUCCUAAAAUCUUUGAAGAAUUUGAACGUACAACUAAAUAUGGCUCUUCUGAUGACACAGCAACUGAUCAGUCAAAAGGUGGCACAGCUGUAGGCAUCAGGCUACUAUUAAAAUGCGGAACCGGGCUGCAUGGAAGAAGAGAUCAAUUGAGAAGAAUCGAAAAAAGAGCAGUUGAAAGAUUCAGUAGCAGCAAUGCAGAAAAUAAUGAGAUGAUAGAUGAACUGGUAGAGGAAUGCAGGUGUAUGUUCGAAGGACUUAAGAUUUCUUCUGUGGUCAUUCAGUUAUUGACCCGAGCUGGAGAUUCCCUUGACAAAAUCCUAAAGAAGAUUCAAAGUGGGAAGGCUGUUGAUUGGUUACUGUCAAUAUUAGAUGAAGAUGAUAAACGUAUGUUAAGUCAAAUUGGUGUAACCACGUUGCAAGUGUCGGUUUCUGUUGAUGAAGAGGGAAACUUGAGAUGUCUUAACCCAGUACAAGAUUGCAUUUGUCUGUUAGAUAAACAAAGCAUUCUCAAGAACAAGGAAACAUUGGCUGGAGGUUUAACAGACACUGAAAGCUUGAUACAUCAAAUGAAAUCGUUUGGUAUUCCAAUUUCGCAGUUGAAAAAACUUCGACUGGUGAAGAAUAAAUCGAAAAGAAAUACCAUUAUAUUGGACUUUUUCGCCAGAGAAGAUACUCCACGUCUGUGCUUUUGUUUGCUGGAAGAACACAUCAAGUCAAGAGACCCUUCAUACUUCGAGUCCUUAUUUACAAAUGAUAUCAAUGAAGACGUCGAAAUUUCAACAUCCGAUAUCAAACAGUACGAGGAGUUCCUUAAAGAUGAACUCGAGGUUCAGAUGUUCCUUCCUAUUAUUCGCUCGUGGAAGAAUGAAAAGUCAAUCAGACUUCUCGCAAAGCUAAGCAGAUGUUCGUGUAGAAGUUCUCGGAUGACCGAAUUUAUGAGGUUUCUUCUUUUUGAGAAAGACCUCGCAUGGUUUUGGGAGCAGGUCAGAGAGAAGCAAAAAUAUAUAUGGGAAACGAUUACGUCCACAAAGCGGACUAUUCCACCACCCAAAACAGACGUUUUAGCUGCAAAAUUGAUGAAUGACACAAUUGUAGACGAGGUCGAUCCAUUUAGACUUAAAAGAUUCAUGAAAGAGGCGACAGUAUAUGCACUUGCUUUUAACGAGUUUGAAACCAUACUGAGUAGAAAAUCACAAGCACAGUAUAUGAUGAACAGGAUAUCCGAAGACACCAUUGAUGAUUUCAUGGUCGCGUUACGUCGGUGCGGAUAUGAACGUAUCUAUAGACAAAUAAAAGCAGGCUCGCUUGCAAAGACAUAUGUAUGUCCACGCAUUCAUAAUGCGAACAGUCGGAAAAAACUUAUUUACAAGGACCAGUUCGAUAUUGCAGCUAAAUUAAGUGAAUAUGAGAAUUCUGACAAAUGGAAGGAUUCAGUGUCAACAAAUCUAGUAGAGGGGGAACCUUCUUUGCAUUAUUCCAUCAGUUACUUAAACCCUCAUGUUUUGGGCGAAUUUGCGAUGUCCCCCAAGUCGGGUUUUAGAAGUCCAGCAAGUAUAGGAUCCGCAAGAGAUUCGGAAAGCGGAAUCUUUUCAGGAUCUGAUGGUCAGGCGUGCGAAAUUGCAAAUCCACAUGACUUUGAUGACGAAGGAAUUUCUUCAUGUUCUCCUAGAGCAUCCCAAGAAUUAGAUCAUGUAAGUGAACAAAAAACAGAAGAGAUAGAGAGGAAAUCGUCCAGAUUCGCUAAAAUGGAAAGAAUGCUUAGAUUGAUAGAUUCAGAUAUGUCUGCGUCACGAGGCUUGUUACAACGGUCGCUUUCUAUAUUAACAACAAGGCCUACCUCCAAUAAUUGUCCACAUGUAGAAGCGAUGGAAGAGAAUUUGUCUGAUGACACGUCUGAAACCCUGUCAUCUCAAUCAAAUUUAAAGACAGGGGAUAAAGAUCGCAUAUCUCUAAGGCGAAGCGGGCUAAGACGGAUACAUUCCGAAUUAGUGGAAGUACCAAAUAAAGAUGGACAUGUAGUCGAGCACAGUGCCAAAAUUCCAAGGUGGAGGCUGCGAUACCUGGAUGAAGACGAAGAAAAAAAUACUAAAGAUUAUGUAGUGCCGGGCAGAGAAAAUGGUGAUGAAAGCGGCAUCUCAUCCCUGGGAAGAAAAUCACGAAAAGGAAAAUGUACCUUAAGAGAAGUAGAACAGGCUUGGCAAGAAGAAUGUAAAACAAAAACACCAACGUUUAAUGCAACUAAACAACCAAUGCGUUCUUCUACGCAACUCCUCGCUUGCAAGGAUAGCGAACAGGAAAUAAAGCAUAGCUUGAAGAAAUCAGACACACGGAAACAGAACAGUUUGGUCUUAAAAGAAGAAAAAAUCACUGAAGAUUAUAUAAGUCCGGGCAGAAAAAAUGGUGAUGAAGGCGUCAUCUCAUCCCUUGGAAGAACAUCACGAAAAGGAAAAUCGACCGUAACAGAAGUUAAACAGGCUUGGUCAGAAGCAUAUGAAACAAAAACACCAACUUUUGAUGGUACUAAACAACCAGUGCGUUCUUCUAUGCAAAUCAUCGAUUGCGAGGAUAGCGAACAGGAAAUAAAGCGUAGCUUGAAGAACUCAGACACACGUAAACAGAACAGUUUGGUCUUAAAAGAAGGUACUAGACAACCAGUGCGUUCUUCUAAGCAAAUCCUGGCUUGCGAGGAUAGCGAAGAGGAAAUAAAGCGUACCUUGAAGGAAUCAGACACACGGAAACAGAACAGUUUGGUCUUAAAAGAAGGUACUAAACAGCCAGUGCUUUCUUCUAAGCAACUCCUUGCUUGCGGGAAUAGCAAGGAGGAAAUAAAACGUAGCUUGAAGAAAUUAGACAAACGGAAACAGAAUAGUUUGGUCUUAAAAAAAGGUACUAAACAACCAGUGCGUGCUUCUAAGCAACUCAUCGCUUGCGAGGAUAGCGAAGAGGAAAUGAAACGUAUCGUGAAGAAAUCAGACAAACGGAAACAGAACAGUGUGGUCUUAAAAAAAGGUACUAAACAACCAGUGUGUUCUUCUAAGCAACACCUCGCUUGCAAGAAUAGCGAAGAGGAAAUUAAACGUAGCUUGAAGAAAUCAGACACACGGAAACAGAACAGUUUGGUCUUAAAAGAAGGUACUAAACAACCAGUGUGUUCUUCUAAGCAACACCUCGCUUGCGAGGAUAGCGAAGAGGAAAUUAAACGUAGCUUGAAGAAAUCAGACACACGGAAACAGAACAGUUUGGUCUUAAAAGAAGGUACUAAACAACCAGUGCGUUCUUCUAAGCAACUCCUCGCUUGCGAGGAUAGCGAAGAGGAAAUGAAACGUAUCGUGAAGAAAUCAGACACACGGAAACAGAAUAGUUUAGUCUUAAAAGAAGGUACUAAACAACCAGUGCGUUCUUCUAAGCAACUCCUCGCUUGCGAGGAUAGCGAAAAGGAAAUGAAACGUAUCUUGAAGAAAUCAGACAUACGGAAACAAAAUAGUUUGGUCUUAAAAGAAGGUACUAAACAACCAGUGCGUUCUUCUACGCAACUCUUUGCUUGCGAGGACAGCGAAGAGGAAAUUAAACGUACCUUGAAGAAAUCAGACACACGGAAACAGCAUAGUUUGGUCUUAAAAGAAGGUACUAAACGACCAGUGCGUUCUUCUAUGCAACUCCUCGCUUGCGAGGAUAGCGGACAGGAAACAAUGCGUAGUUUGAAGAAAUCAGACACACGGAAACAGGACAGUUUGGUCUUAAAAGAAGGUGCCCUUGAAAGCGAUGCGCCUGUACUGGAACCAAGAAAGUCAAAUGCUGUGUACAAAAGAAGUCUGAGCGGUACAUUAAAAUCGGGAAAACAUAUGAAAAAUAUUCCUCACUUUGUUAAAUCUGGGUCCGAGAUAGCUCUCGCAGAGUAUUUUGAUACUCUGUGUUCUACGAAGACUGUGCACGAGGAACGCUCAGUCGCUUCACCACCAAAUGAUCGGUAACGUUUUAUUAACCACAAAGAGGCACAACCUAGUAAACGACUUCCUUUUACGAUGAAAAGUUAUAGAAAGCCAAGUACAUGCGAGCAGUCUAACGAAACAGAUAAGCAUGUAAAAAUCAACUUCGCAUUAGAAUAUAUAUAGUACGAAAUUAGUUGCUUCAGACUCCACUUGUUUUAGAUAUGUUAUACAUUUUUGAGAAAAAUUAUACUGACCAAACUGAAAAUAAUCCCUUUCUAUUGAUAUGUCACGCAUGUACAUACCUUUUAGAACACUUCUUAAGUUAGUUUUGACUUUUCAUUUUUAUCUGUAAUUAUGUGCAUAAUAUAAAUGAUGUAUAUUGUAUGAAAUAUGAGAGCUUUUGUGAUAUUUUAAAUAUGUGAUGAUUUUUAUACUUGUAUAUCAUAGUCUCUUGUAAUUCCGAUUGGAAUGGCCAUGUACAUUGUCCAUGUCUUAAAAUGUUAUUUAUAACCUGAAUGUAUAUGGAUGAGACUUUAAUAAAGAUAAUUAUAUUAUAUAUACCUUCAGCGUUUAGCAAAUUACCGGUACUAUAUAUUGCGUGUUUAAACGUUGACCUCAAUUACUAAGUGCAUUUCUAUGUCAGGUGGGGGCAGGGGUAAAAUAUUGUUUCCUCAAAAACAAGCGCUGAAUGAUACUUCUGUUUUGGUGUUAAAUAUCUCUACGAGUUUUCUAUGAAAUCGAUCACUGGCGAGAUUUUUUGUUAUAUUUUUAGAUCACUUUCCUCACAUAUACUUCUAAAUGGUCUGUAAAAUUGUUAAAUUUACGUAUUUAUUGGUUCGAUUUUUUCAUUACCAAGGUCAUAAAUCCAAUUUACUUAUAGCUUUAGUUUUGAAAAUUUGAACAAUGGAAUAUAGUGCACAAUAUAAGUAUUAUACAAGUACCUCAAACAUGAUAUUUAUCACACCUUCAAUAUCAUGUAAAGCCACACAAAUAGUUUUCUGAAUUUAGAUUUAAUGCCGGUAUCACUCAGUUAAAAGAGAUUAUUUAUUCAUAUAAAUUCCAGAGGGUGUUAGACCCAUGAGGAUAUGGUAUGGUGCGCGACAUGUAAACACAUUUAUGUACACGAGAGUCAUAUAUUUUUAUUGUAAUUUUCAUACUGUUUUUUUGUACAUUUAUAAGUAGUUUUAACGGUGGCAUAGAGGGGACUUAGGAAAUAUUUUAUUUAUCACGUGCGCACGUGUCAGCACCACGUGCGCACGUAUUAGCUACCACGUGCGAAUGUGAUAGUUAUCACGUGCGCAUGUGUUAAUUAACACGUUUGCACGUGGUAGCUAACACAUGCGCACGUGGUGUUAUCACGUGUGCACGUGAUAAAUAAAAUAGUUCCUAUGUCCCCUCUAUGCCACCGUGAGUUUAAUUAAAAAUAAAAAGUUUUUAUUUUUCCAUGUUCAGUCAAUCCCUUAAGUGGUAUUUGUAACAUAGUGUCUUAGAUAUUUUGAUACAUAAUUAUUUUAUCAAAUUAUGUAAUAUAAAAUACAAUAUAUAUGACUGCCUGUUGCACGUGUUGUAUGAUUUUCACUGUAUUCUGUUUUAUCAAUGUAUGACUAAUGUUUUGGUGUGGCGUAUUCGCCAAUAGUUUCCUGUCAUUUUUAUUGCUUUUCUUAACAAAAUGCAUUUUAGUGCUAAGGGAACGACUUUUUUUGUUAUAAUUUUUAUGUGCAUACGUAUGUUCAUUAUAUCUAUAUCUUGUUUUAUCAAAAAGAUAAUUCUUACUUCGACAAUAUUAUAUUUUAGAUACUUAUCUGUAUAUACAAUAUUAUACAUGUAAGGCCUAUGUAUCUUUAUGAUCUUUAAACUUUCGCUAUUUUAAGAAUUUAUUCUGUAUGAUAAUUGAUAAUCGUAAAAAAAUAGGUAAAAAACUGUUUUAAAAAGUUUAUGAUCGAACUAUGUGAUAGAUAUUGAUGAUUGACAAAAUAAGUAAUUUAAGAAACUACAUAGCAUGAUACCAGCUGGGUUGAAAAGAGUUCUUGUUACUUUUAUUGGUCAACAGGCUGAAAAAUAAUACUGUACUUUUUCUUGAUUUAAAAAACAAAUUCAUUAAUAUAAUUUGACAUCUUGGUUGAUGCAGCAUAUAUCUAGCCAUAAGUGUUAGGCCCGGUGUGCCGUUUCUCAAAUAUAUCAUGUUGCAUAUUUCCAUAGAUACGUGCAGUUGGUAGUGUUUAACGUUUAAACAAAAUAUACAAUAUAUCCAUAAAUGAAUUAUUUCAGAAAAAAAACAAAGAUAUUCGUUAACUCCGAAAUGUAACCUUAUGAACGUAUUAAACAUCAACAUUACAAUCAUGUCAUAAUUUGUAAAUAUUCCUGUCUACUUAUACAUGAACAAGGACCAAUAAAGAAUAGUGUGAAAGAAAUCGUUCCUAUAAGUAUUUUAUUCUUCCGUCAUGUACAUUGUGGGGGGAGGGGCGUUCUUGAAAUCUGUUGAGUCUAGGUCAUUGCUCCUGCCCGUCUCGUCGUGACGGUAUUACGAUAGGACUUUUGUUAAAAACAAUGAAAAAGACCGAAGCCAUUGAAUUCCAUUUAGUUUUUACCUUGCUCUCUUUGCGAGCAAUUGCGAUUGCUUUGGCAAGCUGAGAACCAGUGUCGUUUUGAGCUGCCGAAAGGAACUUUAUCUUUGCGACCACUGAAUCCUAUGUCGUUGACUUGUUUAUAAUUAUGUUUAUGUCUGUCGGCUUGGCUUUUUUUUUGUUGGUCAUGAAUUUUGUACAAUGUUUUAACAAUAACACGAACUUUUAAAGCAAUUGAAAACGUCCAAUAUGUUUCCGAAACUGCUCUCUAAAUCCUACAUGAUUUCAGUGAACUUUAAAUACAGAAUGUAAUUUGAAAGAAAAUUGAUCUAUGUUUAGGUUACAUAAUACGUAUUUAGUUUCUUCCUUACUUCAAAUAAACAAUUAAGACCUCA